AAUAUUAUAAUUAGUCGACUGCUGAUUGGUUGGUUCUUUGGUCUUUGACCCUUUUCCCGGAAGAAUUGUGUUAUCGUAAAGAUAAGAAUAUUUUACAUAAAUAUUCAUAUAAUUAGAACACUUUUAUCACCCUCCGGAAGCUUUAAAUUGUCUUUAAAAGCGAGAACAUGACAAAGAAAGUGUUGUUCAACCUAAUUCUGUCCGGUUCUUUAUAAUCGUACACAGUUCGAAAAGCUAUGAGGAGGUCGAGAGGAACCUUAAAUAGCGCUCCAUCGAGUCUUGUAACUUCAACGAAGGAAUUGAAUCAAUCUGCAAGAAAUUCACCGUCUUCAAUGAAUGAUUUAAACGUCACUGAAAGUCUGCAGGAGUUAACAGACCUUGUUCAAAAGGUUGAAUCCGAACGGCAGCAUAGUGAAAAUACGCUGGGUAAUAUUGAAAAAACGCACGAAAAAAUUCAACAAGAGCAGAAAGUGUCUCAGUAUUAUAAACAAAAACUCAAAGGAUUGUAUGAAAGUGCCCUGCAGGAUGCGUCAUCAGAGAUUGAUGCUCUAAGAAAAGCUUUACAUAAAAUUAGUGAGAUACGAAGCUCAAUGAAAUCAGAAUCGACAGUAGUGAAGCCUCUAAUGAGAAGAGGAGUUCUUAUGUCUAUGCUCUUGAAAGAGGGUACCUACCUCCCACUUUGGGCAUCUAAACACGGAGAAACUGCUCCAACACUUUGCGGAGCAAUACAAGCUGAUCCUUCCUACAUCUCGCAAUCUUCCGAUCAUGUAGCAGCAAGGGUAAAGGGUAAUGACGGUGAAGAAAAUUGGAUUUUGGCUCAGGUUGUUUCAUUUAACUCGGCAACGGGUAAAUACGACAUUGAUGACGUCGACGCCGAAGAAGGUAAAGAGCGGCAUACUCUCGGAAAGAGACGCCUUGUACCUUUACCUAAGUAUAAAGCAAGCCCAGAUACAGAUUCCUAUGCUCUUUUCCCAAAAGGAACAACUGUCUAUGCUUUAUACCCUCAAACAACUUGUUUUUAUAAGGGUAUAGUCCAUGAAUUGCCCACAUCCAGUAAUUUAGAUUAUUCUAUUUUGUUUGAGGACAGUUCAUAUCCCAGUGGUUACUCUCCCCCUUUAAUGGUCAGCCAGAGAUACGUUAUAGCUUGUAGGCACGAAAAAAAAAAGUAG